UACUUUGUCUUUUGUAUGUACAAUCAGAAAAAGAGAAAUAAAUUUUUUUUUUCAUCGGUAUUGAAUCCGGAUUAUCGACGGACCGAAUUUUUGACGGCAGACAUGUUACUUGUAGUUGUAUAACUGUUUUAAAGGCAGCUCUGUAUAUGGUAUGUGUUAUGUUACAGCCAAAGGAAUAGACAUCGACGUUCUUGCAGAACUGACCAUCAACGAUAUUGAUCAUUUAAUUCCUGCAGAACAAUUCGGUCUACGAAUUAAAUUUAGAAAAAAGCUUUUUGUAUGGAAACAACUCAACGGAUUAACAACACCCCUAGCAAGUACAAUUACUGCAUCGAAUUCAUCAUCAUCAACAGUAAAUAAUUGGAUAAAUGCUAAUAUAAUAGAUACAGAUGGAAAUGGUAAUCCUGAAAAUCAACCGAUCUUUAAGUUAGAAAAUCUCUUAUUAAAAUCGGUUAGUGGUCAGUUAAUUUUAUCAGAAUAUAAAGUUAGUGGAUUAAGUUCGAAAAAUCGAAAUAUCCUUACCACGAUAAUCGUGGAGGAUUGGUUAGCCAGUGACACAUCUGUAGAUCGCCAAUUGUGCCAAAAUGUCGCAAAGGAAAUAAAAAACCUAUUCCCAUUAGAAUUGGAGGUAACGUAUUUGGGUACCAAAAAACAACGGGGAAAACUAAUAGAAAAAUAUUAUUCCCUUCGAAAGAAGUAUAAGCAUUCGCUUUCUAUCGGACAGAAAAGAAAAACGAGAAACGUUACUGAUGUCUCUAACGAAGCAGAUACUGAUGAAGAAACGUUUGACAUAAAUACAUUUAGCGAUUAUGAAUGGUUAAAAAACAUCUACUCCCCAAACGAUAUAGUGAUUGAAAAGUGGAUAGCACUGGUAAGUUGUUUCUUAGUUGUAGCAAAAUGUAUAAAAUCAUUAAAAUAA